AUGGCUCGCACCUCCAUUGUCCAAGAAUAUGCCGCCCCCUCAGCAACUCUGACUCUCGACCAAAUGGUCACGCACGAGCACCAGACCUACAAAGUGCCGCGCCCACAGGGCUACCGUGUAUCAUGGCACGCCAACCCGGCCGUGGAGCUGCACCAUUUCGGCCAGUCGCAUCCAAUGAAGCCGUGGCGACUGACCCUCACCAAGCAGCUCGUCAUGGCCUACGGCAUGCACCACGCGAUGGACCUGUACCUGGCGCGCGCGGCGACAUACGAAGAGAUGGCCGAGUUCCACGAGUCGGAUUAUAUGGAUUUCCUGCGACAGGUCAUGCCGGCUGACAUGGAUCGAUCGGAAAUGGGUGAGGAUAUUGUGCGGUUCAACUUUGGCGACGAUUGCCCCAUCUUCGACGGGCUGUACAAUUACUGUUCGCUAUACGCGGGCGGGACGGUGGACGCGGCGCGCAAGCUCUGCAACGAUCAAUCUGAGAUUGCGAUCAACUGGUCGGGUGGUCUGCACCAUGCGAAGAAGUCGGAGGCUAGUGGCUUUUGCUAUGUCAACGAUAUUGUCCUCGGUAUCCUGCAGCUUCUGCGGCACCACCCGCGCGUCAUGUACAUUGACAUUGACGUACACCAUGGCGACGGCGUCGAACAAGCCUUUUGGUCCACGGACCGUGUGCUGACCGUCUCCUUCCACAAAUACGACAAAGAUGGUUUCUUCCCAGGCACCGGCGCCCUUGACGACACAGGCCCAACACACCCCCUCAACCCGGGUGCUCAUCAUUCAAUUAACGUCCCGCUGAACGACGGUAUCGAAGAUGAUGCUUACAUCGCGCUUUUCCACGAAGUAAUCGGCGCUUGCGUAAAGAACUACCGACCCAGCGCAAUCGUCCUCCAAUGCGGCGCCGACAGUCUCGGCUGCGACCGUUUGGGCUGUUUCAACCUGAACGUCCGCGCCCACGGUGCCUGUGUCGCCUUCACAAAGACCUUCGGCCUUCCUCUUCUCGUCGUCGGCGGUGGUGGCUAUACCCCGCGCAAUGUCUCUCGUGCCUGGGCCCACGAGACCUCCAUCCUCAUCGACGCAGACAAAUCCCUCAACCCCACAAUCCCGGAAACAGUGGCGGCCCGCAACCACUUCGGCCCCGACUACUCCCUCUUCCCACCUCUGUCCGAGAUGCGGAGGCUCGAGAACAAAAAUGAUCGUGCCUACCUUGAAAAUAUUGUGCAGGCCGUUCAUGAACAACUCCGUUAUAUCAAGGGUGCGCCAAGCGUGCAGAUGAGCUUCAUUCCACCGGAUAUUCUCGGUCUACGCGAGGACACAGAGAAAGAAAUCGAGGAGCAGCAGGCUAUAAUGGAAGAAGAACGCGAAGAGCAAGAAGGCGGAGGCUCGGCAUCCGCAGCUGCGGCUGGAGUCAUUACCGGCGUGCCUGGGUCUGCUGGAGCCAUUCCCCGUGCAAACCGUCGCCGAGACCUUGAACGUGGAUCCGGGUCCAAGGGCGAGCUCUACUCAUGA